AUGCAGCGCAUUCGGUGUGAACACAACACAGAAGAUCCGACCGGUCCGUGCAUGACUUGUAAAAAGGUGGCCAAUACCCGAGCCGGUAGAUUGCCGUGCCUGCGGUACAAGAUCACCGAUGUGAAAUUGAACAAGUCUGGCAACGUUCCGGGCUACGAGUGGACGCAACGCUGGACCGACAAUGUCCCAAGCGUCGCCAGUGAGGGCUGGGCAUCCUUGGAGGUCAAAUCGAUCAGCCUGGCGGAAGGUUACUCGGUCAAUGUGAUUCAACUUGCCGUACGGCGAUUCGUUCCGCAAGCUGGCGACAAAAUCAACCGCACGUACCGUGACAAGACUGGCAAGCAAUGCUCGCAUUCGUGCACGCCAUAUGCGCUGGUCGACCUCAAGAGCAGCGCCGGGGCGUACCAGCGGUACAUCGAGAGGUCCAUUGGACAAGUGCUACACAAUGUCACAAAGGAGUACGGGCUCGUGCACAAGACGUAUUUGCGCAUGCACGCAUGCGCCAUUGACAAAUCGACACCACUGGAGAUACGCAGCCUCUUGCUCAAGACUUUUAUGCUUUGGAUGUAUGUCCGCUUGACCACCAAGUCCGUGUUCAUCAAAGGGUCGGAGACAUUGGGUAUCAAGCAGCUGCCCAAAGACAGCCCUGACCCGGACAAGGUGCCUGUACCGCCUGUCCUGGGCAGGCAGCUGGACAUCUUGCUGAUGGACAGGCUUGCCGAGCUGAGGAAGGAGGUCCUUGACGGCCUGGAGAAGCUUGUGUCCAAGAAGAAGCACAGCACAUGGUUCUACAUUUACCUCAUCAGCUUCGUGCUGCUCCACAACACAGCGUUGAUCACGGCCCACGACUCGCGCUACGCCAAAAAGCACGGCAUCAAAGACAAGAACGGUAUGCAGGUCCGAUUCGCGCGCGAGGCGUCCGUCAGAGAGUACCACGUCGGCGCCAACGUCCUGCUGGCACACUUCCAUUACUGCAACAAGGGGGUCUAUCCUUUCUCAGAUCAGUGCAAGGAUCAAGAUCUCCGGACGCUUGCAGGCUUGAACGAAGAUGAGAUCCUCUUCGUCAAAGCCACACGACAGGUUGCCAAGCAAUCCAAACACGACUGGGAAAAAGUCCGAGCAAGAGGCGACUACGAGAACGACUGGUACUUUGUCAGCCAGCUAUUCGAGGAGAAUUGGCAACCGCAGUCCACCAUUUGAAUGGUCUUUCUCAAGUUUUCUCUUUUUUGUUUCGUUUGCCAUCUCCUUCACUUGUCAGUGUGGGCUCGUAUGUCAGGUGAUGUGGGCAAAAGCGAGGUCAAGCAGAAUCUGCUGCAGGUGGCAAAAGAAACGUCGCUCAGUUAUGUAUGUAUGUCUGCAUGCAUGCAUGCACGGCGCCGCGCCGACAAGCAUCUGCCAGCUGUUUGGCUUCGAAAGGUCGGUUGGUAAGAGGAUAUCGCCGAGCUGAGGAGGCGUCGAAAGCGUCACCGCUCUUGUGCGCCACCGAUGCCGUCGCCAAAAGGAUGGGGGGAAAUAUUCACGAAGAUUGUCUUGUUCUGCAUCGUCACCACCACUCAUGUGCCGUGUGCCAGACCAA